AUGUUCAUACUUUCACAGAUGUCCGAUUUGGUGCGCGUGCCGCCCCAGUCGUUCAACAUGCCAAUCCACCACGUGCUCAAAAACGAGUUGCACCAGAAAUACUCAAACAAGGUCAUCACCAACGUGGGGUUGGCCGUGGCCGUGUGGGAUCUUCUGGAAAUAAAGGACGGCUUGCUCCGGCCCGGCGACGGAGCGUCGUAUGUGGAAGUCAAGUUCCGCAUGGUUGUGUGGAAGCCGUUCAUAGGCGAGAUCUUGAGUGGCUGGGUCGCCGACUGCUCGCCCGAGGGCAUCAAAGUGCGCAUGGAGUUCUUCGAGGAGAUCUUCAUUCCCAAGGACUACUUGUUUGAGAGCUGCAUAUUCAAGCCCGUGGAGAAGGCAUGGGUGUGGAAACCGGACGACGAAUCCGAGUUGUUUAUAGAUAUCAACGAGAAGAUCCGGUUCCGCAUAGAGGAGGAGAUCUUUGUCAACAUCAAGCCGCAGUCGAGCUCGGAGGCCUUGGGGCUAGACGAGGCUCCGAACAAGGCGCCUCCGUACGCCUUGAUCGCGUCUUGUCAGACGGAAGGCAUGGGGUGUGUGUCGUGGUGGGACUGA